AUGCUUGUGGACUGUUCCCAGUGCCGCACCCCCUUACAGCUCCCACACGGAGCAAAAUCCAUACGCUGUGCAAUCUGCCACGCCAUCACUCUCAUCGGGGAACCCCGCAACGCGCCACCUACUCCGCCACCACCGUAUUUUCCACCUCCCACCACCUACAGCAGCAACAACUAUAACUACUACGCUCCGCCGCCGCCACCCAUUCCUGCUCCGUUGCAGUAUAACCACGCUCCACCAAGUCAACCUCCGUCGGCUUAUGGCCGGAAAAAGGCCGUCAUCAUUGGGAUCGCGUACAAGAACUCGAGGAAUGCGCUGAAGGGUUGUAUUAAUGAUGCUAAGUGCAUGAAGUUCAUGCUGGUCAACCGCUUUAAGUUUCCUGAAACCUCCAUCCUCAUGCUUACUGAAGAAGAAACUGAUCCAUACAGAAUUCCAACAAAACACAACAUUAGGAUGGCAAUGUCUUGGCUUGUACAAGGUUGUCAGCCCGGGGAUUCCCUUGUGUUUCAUUAUUCUGGUCAUGGUUCGCAACAGAGGAACUACACUGGAGACGAGAUUGAUGGCUAUGACGAAACACUUUGCCCUUUGGAUUACGAAACACAGGGAAUGAUAGUGGAUGAUGAAAUUAAUGCAACAAUCGUUAGGCCUCUUCCUCCUGGAGUCAAGCUUCAUGCGAUCAUAGAUGCCUGUCAUAGUGGUACCAUGCUAGAUUUACCACAUCUUUGUCGAAUGGACAGAACGGGCCGAUACAGAUGGGAGGAUCAUCGUCCCCGAUCAGGUGCUUGGAAAGGAACUAAUGGAGGAGAAGUCAUAUCCUUCAGUGGCUGUGAUGAUGAUCAAACUUCUGCAGAUACUGCUGCUCUAUCUAAGGUUACUUCAACAGGUGCAAUGACUUAUGCUUUCAUUCAAGCAAUCGAACGUGGGCAGGGGAAUACAUAUGGAAGUAUUCUUGGUGCAAUGCGAUCUACCAUCCGAAAGACUGAUGAUGAGAUAGGAGGAAGUGUUGUGACAACACUUCUAACAAUGCUCUUGACAGGGGGAAGCGCUGGUAUCGGAAUGACACAGGAACCACAACUUUCUGCGAAUGAACCAUUUGAUGUAUACACAAAGCCGUUUUCGCUAUGA